CCAAGAAACAAAAAUAUUCUCCAAAGCUAGAGAAGCAGAUGAAUGGAGGGCCACGACACACAAUAACUGUUCCAAAUCUUGCUGUAGUCUCGGCUACAUCACGGUGGAUUUUCAUUGGCCAACGUGACUCCACUGCUUCUCCACACGGGAUUCUUGACCGCGACCUUCCGUUAUUGUUGUCAUAGCUAGGUCUCGAGUAGCCUAACGAAGAAACGAUUUCGCUGGAUUUACUCUACACACGCCACAGCACUCGGUGUAGUCCAUCGAUAGGGCUACUUUGAUAACACCUGUAAAACCACGGUUUGGCAGCUUACGUGAAAAUGACGUUUUCCGUUAACGGUGUCCUGUGCACGCUUGUAGUAUUGAUCCUUUGGCGAGCGGAGGAAAUAGCUGAAGCUUGCAGCUGUGCGCCCGUUCACCCGCAACAGGCGUUCUGCAACGCGGACAUAGUUAUCCGAGCCAAGGUGGUGGGAGAGAAGGAGGUGGAUACUGGGAAUGACAUCUAUGGAAACCCCAUCAAGAGGAUCCAGUAUGAGGUCAAACAGAUCAAGAUGUUCAAGGGUCCUGACCAGGAUGUGGAGUCUGUGUUCACCGCGCCCGUCUCUGCCAUCUGCGGCGUCACCCUGGACACCAGCGGCAAGAAGGAGUACCUGAUCUCAGGCAAGGCGGAGGCAGGCGGCAGCGUGCACGUGACGCUGUGUGAUUACAUCAUGCCCUGGGACACCAUGAGCCCCGCCCAGAAGAAGAGCCUGAGCCAGAGAUACCAGAUGGGCUGCGACUGCAAGGUGGGGAGGGAGCGACUGUGA